UCUGCAGAGGGUGCAUACACAAAUUUUGAAAAGGGCUGAGCACACACACACAUAUUUUGAGAUCGCGUUUUGGCAAAGUUUGGUUUUGAGCGAGGAUCGAUGCGCGCUUGGCCUUCUCGUUUGGGGCGCGGGGUUCGAGGCGUUGGGGGAGCGAGCCGCCGCGGAUACGCACGGGCGAAUUCGGUUAUUUUGGACCCGGGUGGACGGGGGAGCGGAGGUUGGCGCGGAGCCGGGUUGAAGGAGUUGGUGGACGAAUCGCUUGAGCUGACGCCGCGCCAGUCGUUCUUGAUUCGGAGGUCCAUGUUUCAGGCUUUGAAGAUGUUAUCGGAAGGAGAGACGACGUCCGUGGAGUUGGUGAGAGCGUGCAUGCGUCAGAUGCAGAGAACGAGGAAGAUGAAUGCGUACGUGAGUAAGAUAAGCGAGGAGUUGGUGUUAGAGGAGGCGGAGAAGGCGGACAGGAGGAGGUCGAGGGGGGAAGCCGCGGGCGUGUUGUCUGGCAUACCGUUGGCGGUUAAGGACAACUACGCGGUGAGGAACACGCAUACGACUUGUUCAAGCAAAAUGUUAGAAAAUUUUGUCAGUCCGUACGAUUCCACGGUGACAGCGAGACUGGAAUCGGCGGGUGGAAUCAUCGUUGGAAAGACGAAUAUGGAUGAAUUUGCGAUGGGGUCGAUGACCAGCACGAGCUUUUUCGGUCCCACGAUUAGUCCGUGGUCGUUUGCGUUUGGGGGUUAUCCGGACGCGCGCGAGACAGGCGGCCGAUUGGUUAGUCCGGGUGGUUCCAGCGGCGGUUCCGCGGUGGCGGUUUGCUCCGGAACGGCGUUCGCAGCAACUGGAACGGACACGGGGGGAUCCGUCCGGCUUCCCUCGGCGUGGACUGGAUUGGUCGGGUUCAAGCCGAGCUAUGGCGCGUGUUCGAGGUUCGGGAUUGUCAAAUUCGCCUCCAGUCUAGACACGCCGGGCUUGUUUUCGAAGUGCGUCCAAGACGCUCGAAUACUGUUUGACGUCGUAUCGAGCCCGGACCCGGCGGAUUCGACCUCGGUUGUGCCGUCGGAGGGCAGAAGGCCGAAGCGCAAGAUAGGCAUCCCAAGCGAGUUCAACAUUUCCGAGCUCUCAGACGAAAUCCGAGAACUUUGGACCAGCGGAAUCAGACUGUUCGAAAAUCAAGGGUACGACAUCGUCGACGUAUCCUUGCCCCACGCGCCGUACGCCCUCCCCUGCUACUACAUCAUUUCCCCGGCGGAGGCUUUUUCGAACCUCGCGAAGUACGACGGCGUUCGGUACGGACACAGAGCGACCAGCGGAGACACCGUGUUCGAAAUGUACUCGAGGUCGAGAAGCGAAGGGUUCGGCGAAGAAGUUCAGCGCCGCAUCCUCCUCGGCGCCAUCGCCCUCAGCAACCGGUUCCCAGGCCUCAACUUGAACAAGGCGAUGCAAAUUCGAAGGCUCAUCAGAGACGACUUCAAAAGCGCAUUCGACAACGUGGACGCGAUACUGACGCCCACCGCCGCAACGCCCGCCGUAUUCAUGAACGACGCCAACGAAACGGACCAAAUCCACAUGUACCUAACCGACGCCAUGACCGUCCCGGCAAACAUGGCGGGGAUACCUGCCAUAUCCGUCCCCAUGACGCUGAGCCGGUCCGGACUGCCCAUGGGGCUGCAGCUCAUGGCGCCCAUGUUCCAGGACAGGCUCCUGUUAGAGGUCGCCGAAAUCCUAGAAGAGCCGUGGCAAAGCAACCUGGAGGAAAACGUUCGGGCGCUAAAGCCAGUUUUGAGCACCUAAAUAAUAAAUAUUUUUUUUUUUUUUUUUGCAACUUCUUCCAACCAGGACCGGUUCAGAUCGCUCGCUUCUUCCUUCGUCUGUAGCGUGCGGCGCGUCCGAAAACAUGUCUCUGCUUGCGUAUGGACCGAAGGACGUCUUCCGUCGCUCGGCGCGGAGACUGCCCUUCCCGAGGCGUCUGGGCUCUCCCUGCGCUCCAAGGCGCCGCGGCCUCUGCGGCCCAGUUCUGUCGGCGGGUGCGCCGGACACCUCCAAGAAACCAAUCUUGAUCACGACGCCCAUAUUUUACGUAAAUGGAGAACCGCAUAUCGGGCACCUCUAUUCUGUCCUCCUGGCAGACGCCCUGGCGCGCUGGCACCGCGUUUUGGGCCACCCAACCAAAAUGGUCACAGGCACCGACGAGCACGGCAUCAAGGUGCAACAGGCCGCCGAGGCCCAGGGACGAGACCCAAUGGCCUUCUGCGACAAGAUGACGACCUAUUUCGUAGAUCUGUGGAAGAGAGCGAACAUUCAAGUCGACGAGUACGUUCGCACCACCGAGCCUCGCCACGUCGGCGCCGUUACGGAAAUGUGGAAGAGGCUGACCGAGAAUGGACAACUCUACAAGGGCACCUUCGAAGGGUGGUAUUCCGUUUCGGACGAGUCCUUCUUGACCGAUACUCAAGUCGCCGACGAGUUGAGUCCGUCUGGCACGCCCACCGGGAAAAAAAUAUCCCUGGAAUCAGGAAAUUCGGCAAUCUGGGUCGCCGAGGAGAACUACAAAUUCCGCUUGUCCAACUACCAAAACCGACUCAUCGAUUGGAUCCAGAAACAGUGCCCAAUUUAUCCAAUGUCCAAAAGCGAACAAAUUCUGUCUGAACUCCAAAGAGAAAAAUUCGGCGACUUGUCCGUAUCUCGUCUGAGCCGAAAAGUCAAGUGGGGAAUUCCGGUGCCUGGUGAUUCAGAACACGUCAUAUACGUGUGGAUCGACGCCCUGACUUCGUAUCUCACUGCUUGCGGAUUCCCUCAUUCCUCAGAGCCGUCGCCAUCCUUUUGGCCAGCCGACUACCACAUUCUAGGAAAAGACAUCCUGAAGUUCCACGCCAUCUACUGGCCCGCACUCUUGCUCGCGACCAGCCAGCAACUGCCCCGACGACUCAUAGUCCACGCCCAUUGGACCAAAAAUAAAAAAAAAAUUGCCAAAAGUACUGGAAACGUCGUCGAUCCCAACGAAAUCAUCUCCCGCCACGGCGUAAACGAAGUCCGAUUUUUCUUGCUCAGACAAGGCGGGAUCUCAGAUGACGGCGACUACAACGACGACGACCUCAACAAUUUGGUCUCCGCCACGCUCGUCGACUCGUUGGGAAACUUGAUCACCAGAUGCAUCUCUUCUAGUCUCAACCCUUCUUGCCAAUGGCCAACGCUAGAUCACAACAACCUCACCGACCACGAACUCGGCCUCGUCCGCGAACUAAACCAACUCGUCUCAGAAGUCGACUCUCUCUACAAAACCUGCGAAUUCGGUCUGGCCAUUCACUCGCUAUUUGUCUUUCUGGCAAAAAUAAACGGCCACUUCACUCGAUCCGAACCGUGGAACCUUGUCAAACAACCGUCCAGCUGUUCCGACACAUCUCAAAGGCUGAACUCAAUCCUAUACAUCUCGCUGGAAUCAGUCCGCAUUGUCUCUCUUCUCCUUCAACCUGUCAUCCCCGGAAAAACCGACGAAUUUCUUGAAUAUCUCGGAAUUCCGGCAGACCACCGCAACCCCGUGCAAUGGCGCUUCGGCUACAACUACCGCUCCCACAGCUCAAAGCCCUCGAUUCCGAAGCACCCGUUCGUGAUGUUCGAUCACAGGCAAAAAAAGAAGGUCAAAUUCGAGUUAAAGCAAAGGCGCAAAGUCGAGGCAGCAAGUCCCUGAUCCUCAACCCCCCCCACCCAUCCCCGUGCCAGUCGGCAGCUCCUGCACAUACAGCCCCAAACGAGGGGACCCGUGUCGCUGGACGCCGAGACGGCCUCGACUCUGAUCGAACAGCCUGUAUAGAGAGAGAACUUUUUGAUAUUUUGAAAAA